GGAGAACAGUGCGCGGCCCCGAAGCAGGAACCAGGUCCGGAUUCCAUGUUGAGGAGGGGCACCGCGGGUCCAGGUUUAAGGCCGGCUGAAUUCACAGGAUGAGUCUCAGUGAAGACAAGGAUUGUUCAUCAUCGCCCAUCAGUGAUCCUGGUCCAGAUCCAGUCCACCAUGGACCCCAGACCUCCAACACACAAGCUCAGUGGAUCAGAACCAGACCAGAGUCUUCAGUGUCCGUCUGUCUGUCUAUGAAGAGUGACUGGUCUAAAGACCCACCUCCAUGCUUCAGUCCUGGACCUGGACCUGGACCUUCAGACCCACAAGCUCAGUGGAUCAGAACCAGACCAGAGUCUCCAGUGUCCGUCUGUCUGUCUAUGAAGAGUGACUGGUCUAAAGACCCACCUCCAUGCUUCAGUCCUGGACCUGGACCUUCAGACACACAUCAGAUGAAGAGGAGUCCUAGUUCUGAAGUGGACCCAGCGUCCUGUUCUCUGUGUCUGAAGGUUCUGAGUGAUCCGGUCCAGACCAGCUGUGGACACUGGUUCUGCAGACCAUGCAUCACUUCAUACUGGGACCAGUCUGGUCCAUCAGGAGACUCCCCCUGUCUCCAGUGUGGAAAGAGAUCCAGAACCGAAACUGGACCGCAGAUGGACAGUGUCUUACAAAAUGAACUUAAGCUCAGUCUGAGGAGCAGAUGUGAACGUGUGACUGAAGGAACCGACGAAGCAGGAAGUAGAACCCAUCUGAACCGGGUCUACACUGAGCUCUACAUCACAGAGGGACAGAGUGAAGACGUUCAGACCCAACAUGAGGUGAGGACGCUGGAGGCGCACACCAAGAAGAUCAUCCACGACAAACCCAUCAGAUGUCAGGACAUCUUCAAAGCCUUACCGGACCAGCAGGAACCCAUCAGAGUGGUUCUGACCAACGGCGUCGCCGGAGUUGGAAAAACCUUCUCGGUGCUGAAGUUCACUCUGGACUGGGCUGAGGGUUUGGAAAACCAGGACAUCAGUCUAGUGGUUCUGCUGUCCUUCAGAGAGCUGAACUUGGUCAGAGAUGAGCAGUACAGUCUACUGACACUGCUCGAUGUUUUCUAUCCAACAUUACAGAAGGUCACACCAGAGCAGAUCAGCGUCUGCAAACUUCUGUUGAUCUUCGAUGGCCUGGAUGAAAGCAGACUGUCACUGGAUUUCCUCGACGGUCAGGUGGUUUCAGAUGUCACCCAGAAGAAACCGGUCAACGUCCUGUUGACCAACCUCAUCAAGGGGAACCUGCUUCCAUCAGCUCUCAUCUGGAUAACAUCUAGACCUGCAGCAGCCAAUCAGAUCCCUCCUUCAUGUGUUGACAGGGUAACAGAAGUCCGAGGAUUCAUCACUGACGCCCAGAAGGAGGAGUACUUCAGGAGGAGAUCCAGUGAUGAAGAUCUGUCCAGCAGAAUCAUCCUACACAUCAAGAAAUCCAGAAUGCUCCACAUCAUGUGUCAAAUCCCAGUCUUCUGCUGGAUCAGUUCUACAGUUCUGGAGCACAUGUUGACUUCAGACCAAAGAGGAGAUCUGCCCAAGACCCUGACCAACCUGUACUCACACUUCAUCGUGGUCCAGACCAAGAGGAAGAAGAACAAGUAUGAAAAAGUCCUUGACAUGAGUCCACAGGAGCUGACGGACAAGGACAGAGAAGUUCUUCUGAAGUUGGGGAAGCUGGCAUUUGAACAACUGAAGAAAGGAAACAUCAUGUUCUACCAAGAAGAUGUAGAGCAAUGUGGUCUGGACGUCACAGAGGCCCUGGUUUACUCUGGAGUUUGUACAGAGAUCCUCAGGACAGAGAAUGGGAUUUUCCACAAAACCAUCUACAGCUUUGUUCAUCUGAGUGUUCAGGAGUUUCUGGCUGCGGUCUACAUCUACCACUGUUAUACCAACAGCAACAAGGAGGUUCUGGAGGGGUUUCUGGGAGACUGGGACCAUCAGCUACCACUUGAUGUCUUCCUCCAAAAAGCCAUGGUGAAAUCCCUCAAAAGUGAAAAUGGACAUCUGGACCUGUGUUUCGUCCACGGCCUCUGUCUGGAGUCCAACCAGAGAGUUUUAGGAGGUCUGCUGGGUCAGACGAGCAAAUCAAGAAAUAUCCAAAAGGCCAUCUACAACCUGAAGGACAUGAACACAAAGUUAAUCGAUCCUGACAGAUGCAUCAACAUCUUCCAUUGUCUGAUGGAGAUGAAUGACCAAACGGUCCAUCGGGAGAUCCAAGAGUUCCUGAAGUCAAAUGAGCGAUUCCCUCAGAGGGAACUCUCUCAGAUUCACUGCUCAGCUCUGGCCUACAUGUUACAGAUGUCCGAGGAGGUUCUGGAGGAGCUGGACCUGGACAGGUACAACACGACACCCAAGGGAAGACUGAGACUGAUUCCAGCUGUGAGGAACUGCAGAAAGUUUCGGCUGUCCUACUGUGGAAUGUCUCAGACCCACAUGGAGGUCCUGGUCUCUGCGCUGAAGUCCAGUCCAUCUUAUCUGACCCAGCUGGAUCUGAGUUGGACCAGCGUGGAGGACUCAGGGGUCAGGCUCCUGUGUGCUGGACUGGAGAGUCCUAACUGCAGACUGAAGACUCUGAGGCUGAGCAGCUGCGGCCUGUCGGAGCUCAGCUGUUCGUCUCUGUCCUCGGCGCUCAUGUCCAAUCCGUCCCGUUUUACCGAGUUGGAUCUGAGUAACAACCAGCUGAAGGACACCGGGAUGAAGACGCUGUGUGUGUUCCUGCAGAGUCCAGAGUGUCACAUGAAGACUCUCAGGUUGAGCCACUGCAGUUUGUCCCACAUCAGCUGUUCUUCUCUGGCCUCUGCGCUGAGGUCCAAUCCAUCCCAUCUCACAGAACUGGACCUCAGGAAUAAUUACCUGCAGGACCUGGAUCUGAAGGAUCUGCUAGACCUGGUUCAGAGUCCACAGUGUACGCUCCAGAUUCUGAGGUCCGUAGAUGUGGGGUGGGUUCAUGGUGGGUUCCUGGUGGAAGUGACCUUUGACCUCUGACCUCUGGAACCAGAUGGAUGACAGGCAGCAGGAGUAUAAAGUACUCUAAAGGGGCGGGGCUCAGGAGGCAGAGCGGAUCGUCCAAUAACCGAAGGGUUGGCGGUUCAAAUCCUGCUCUGUCCUAGUUCUGUGCUGUUGUGUUCUGAAUAGUAGAUCCACUUUGAGUUUGUGUUUAUAGAAAAGCAUCAUAUGAAUCUGAUCUGUUAUUGUUAUAAAGUCUGGGUUGAAAUCUGAUUUGAAUUUAAAUAGUUGAAGUUUGAACCCCUGAUCUUAUGUGUGAACGUGUGUCCAUAUUUGGGUUCUGUCUGAGUUCUGUUCUGUAUCUGAAAAUAAAGCAUCAGUGUCAUAACACACCAGAACAGUUUGAGUGUCAUCAGCAUCCAAUCAGGAAGUAAAAAGGGUUUCAUCUGUAAACUUCAGAUGUAUUAGUUUAGACUAGAUUAGACCAGAUUAGACUAGACUAGAUUAGAUUAGACCAGAUUAGACUAGAUUAGAUUAGAUUUAGGGAUGGGAACCAGUUCUUUUU